GGCCUGCUCAUUCGACCUCCGUCUCCGACGCCCCGUAAUCCAAUUCUCUGAUGAAACCCUACUCCUCUCCCUCUGCACACCCUCCCUCCUCCCUCUACCUCUCCCUCUCCCUCUCGAGCUCCCGGAAACCCUAACCAUAACCCUAAUUCUCCAUCUCUCUCUCUCUCUCUAUCGGCCUCUCUUUCUCUCUUUGUCGUUCUCCCCUGCCUUUGAUGUCCCUCCAAUCCCCGGAGUUCAAGUACAUCACGCAGGAGUGCCUCCGAGAAUGGAAGAGCUCCAACCCUAGCUUCAGGCUCCCCGAUCCGGUCCCGAUGAACCGGUUCCUGUACGAACUCUGCUGGGCCAUGAUUCGAGGGGAGUUGCCGUUUCCGAAGUGCAGGGCGGCGUUGGAUUCUGUGGUGUUCAAGGAGGAGCAGGGAAGGGAGGAGAUGGGGUCCGUUCUUGCGGAUAUCAUCGCACACCUGGCUCUAGAUCUUACGAUCUCUGGGGAUCAUCGCAUUCGCCUUGUUAAAAUGGCAAAAUCGCUGGUGGAAUCUUCUUUUGUUCCAGCAAGGCUUUUGCAAGAGCGCUGUGAAGAAGAAUUUCUGUGGGAAGCAGAAUUAAGCAAGGCAAAAGCUCAAGAUCUUAAGACUAAAGAGGUUAGAGUUAAUACUCGCCUUCUUUAUCGGCAAACAAAGUUCAAUCUUUUACGGGAAGAGAGUGAGGGUUAUGCUAAGUUGGCCUGGGCGAGUUGUAAGAGCGGAAAUGACGGGCGAGCAAAUCGAAGCCCCAAGGCCUCUCCCCCUAUAUGGGCCGCCUCCUCCCCAGCCAACUCUCUUUCGAUCAGCCCCCCCCCUCUAAGAAAUGGAGAUAGAUUAGCCGCCGAUGGUCGACGGCGAUAACGGCGGCCCAUCCUGCUGCGGCGGCAACGGCGGCCCGGACUACGGCGAGGAUGGCACGAGUUGAGGAAUCAAGUUGCGGCACCAGUUCGUGAGGGUACCCGUAGAGCACUUCAGGAAGACGAUGAGGGCAAACCAGCGGUGCGCCGAGGAGGAGGUUUCAGCCGUCCUCUCCGAGGUGUAGGUGGCCUCAGUCGACGACUCCCUGUCCAGGGAGGACACCUCCCUUGUCUCCCGCCUCCUGGUGCUCGCCGUCGACGCUUAUAGCCACAAGAUCAAGCACCUUCUCGAGCCCCAGCCAGAGCACGGCCGGAUCCAGUUCCAUCGACUCAACAUCAAGAAUGGCUCCCAGCCCGAGGGCCCCAUCAAGAUAUCGGAUCUGACGAUCAACCUGGUGGCCAUCUGUCCCCUGCCGAGUACAAUAUCCACCCACCAUACACAGCAAUUUCUUGGAUGCCCUUCCGGUGGUAAGUAUUGUCCGGUGGUUAAGUAUUGGUCUGAAAACAGCAAGCCGCUCAUUCACUUCUCCACUUGUGAGGUGUUGGGAAGACUAUUGGAAGCUUUCUCCCAGAGGAUCACCCUCUGCGACAGGUUAUAUUGCCCCCUUUUUUUUUUCUUUGUUCGUUGUUGUAUCUUACACUUUUGCUCUUAUCGGUAGAAACCGAAGAAAAUAUGAAAAAAAAAGAAGAAAAUGUUAAGAAGUCAAGUUGAUUAGUGUUCAUACCCCCUUUCCUCGUGAAAACUAAAAAAAGAAAACUGAAAUGUGCAAGAGUAGUUGCAGAUCUGUAAUGGUGUUGUAGGAUAUUUGUGUGAUUUCCGCAAUAAUGGUAGUUUUGUUGUUUGAAUAUGUAUUUAAA